CUGUUUACUCUGUUAGAGAAUAUCGAAACCUUGCUUUGAAAUUCAGACAGACACAGAGAAGUUGAGAUCAAAACUAAUCAAAUUAUUUCCCCUACAGCAGCCGCAGCAGUGACGUCAUGACAAGCAACUGUUCAUUUGAAGGUGUUGAUCACCUGAUGAAGUAUUUUGAACUGGUCUUUUACAUCCCCAUAUUCGUCAUUGGUCUGAUUCUGAAUACUGCAGCUCUUUUUGUGUUCUGCGUGAUUCUGCGGAAAUGGACAGAGUCAACGAUAUACAUGACCAGCCUGGCUCUCAUGGACCUGCUCCUCCUUCUCCCUCUUCCCUUUAAAAUGCAUGCCUCCAAUCACCUCUGGCCUGCAAACCUUCAACCUCUGUGUUCAGUUUUGGAGGUCCUGUAUUUUGUUGGGAUAUAUGGUAGCAUCUAUAUCAUCAUGUGCAUAGCCGUGGACCGAUGGGUGGCCAUCUGUCACCCAUACAAAGCCAAGCAACUGCGUUCACCCAAAAAAGCUCUGGUGACCUGUAUGGGAGUCUGGACACUGGUGCUGGCCGUGAUCUCUCCAACCACUUAUCGCUUCAGGGAGGUCGGGCAGAAAGACUUCCACUGCUUCCACCAGUUUUCAGAGAAAGGCUGGAGCCCCCCAGUGAUCAUCUGUCUGCAGGUGUUUGGAUUCCUGUUGCCAGCGCUGCUGGUGGUGUACUGUUCGGUUCAAACCAUCUGUGUUCUGAAGCAGUCUGGAAAGCUCAGCUCACAGAGCCGGGCCUGCGUGAAGAUCAUCUACAGCAGUCUGAGUGCUUUCCUGCUGCCCUUCACCCCCAGCCACCUGGCCAUCCUCCUUCAGUUCCUGGUGCGUCAAGGAGUGAUUGAGGACUGUAAAUGCCGGGUCAAUAUCAGCCUGUUCAUACAGAUAGCCUUGUGCCUCUCCAACAUCACCUGCUGUCUGGAUGCUCUUUGCUACUACUUCAUCGCUCAUGAGGUGAGGUGCACCAAACCCACCUUCAGGCUGUCAAUGGUAAGCCAAAGAAGAGCCACUUUCAGCACUUCAGAGGUCUGAACACCAAAGACAGUUCAAGUUAAAGGAGGUUUGUUUACAGAGGAACGUUGGUGUGGACGAAAGGGUCAGCGUUGUUUCCAUCAGUUGAGGGAGAAAUGUGACUAAAAGUUGCAGGUUUAAAGAAGCACAUUGGAGAGUUAACCACAGUUAACCACAGUUCUGAGAGCACAGCUAAAAUGUUCUUUAGGGGAAAGAUCAGAUACACGAUCUGGUCCAAUGACAGGAAGCCAGUAGCACCCUCAACCUCAGUGAGCUGUCAGCUGUGAUACAAGGCACAGAGUGACUUAUCGCAAGAGUGAUUUAAGAAAAGAGGGUCAGAAUCACAUCCAGUCCUGUACCCAGGGAUUAUAUGAAAACCAAUGUAGGCUUAAUACGGAGCUUUAGAGUCUACUGUGAGUGCUUGAAGAUGUCAAGCUAUAGAUAAAGCAUUGGAGGUAGCAGGGAUCUAUGAAAGACAAAACCAAGCGUAUGAAAUCAGAUCAGAUACUUCACAGAACAAGGGUUUACUAGAUCCCACAGCUGAAUUAUCUCUACUAAAGUAUUAUACUUUAAUAGAGUUUUAUUUCAUUCUUUGACUUUUAUAUCCAACUUUAAUCAUGCUUUAGGCAUUAAAUACAGUUCUUAUAGCUGUCCUUAUUAAUGAAGACCAACAUAAGUGGAAAGGUCGAGGAGAAGUCUUAUCGAUGCAAAUUAGGUUGUCUUUGUUUUGACUUUUUUUUUCUUUACAUUUUAGACCCAUCAAUUACUGCUUCAUUACAACUAUAUAUGUACUGUAUAUAUGCAAUUUAAAUACAAUUUUAUAAUUGUAUUUCACUGGAAAUGUUUGUUUUAUUCUUAAAAUAAGGCUUCAAAUGUGCAAUAUUGAUUAAUUGUAAAAGCAGUUGAAGGCACUAGCCUGAAGUGUCAUGGUUUCGAUGUUUUCAUGUAUUACUUAAGCUACUUCCAUUUUGCACUUCUUCCCUCUUUGCUGAAUUUUGAUGGUAUUUGUUGGUGUUAUUUGCUGUAUUUGUUUCCGUUAUUUCUCCUGAUGUCAAAUCUGUUUUUGUUAACCUGAAAAGCUCGUAUACAGAAUGGCACAUUUUGUCUGUCUGCUUUUUCGCAUUCUGUGCAUCUGGUCUGUAAAAUAAAGUGAGCCUGGAAAAAACACAAGAUGUAAACUAGAAAACAAAUAAACAGAAUAAGUCCUUAC